AUGCAACACUUUGCCAUUUUUCUCAGCUUCAUUGCUUCUGCAAUGACGGCGGCAGUCCCUCCCUCCCUACAACCGCCCUUACCUAUUGGAGAGAUUGGCUGGCAGGGCUCUGUCACUCCCGGUGGACCUACGAUAGAAAGGUCUCUGCCUUCUACUUGUUCCUAG